AUGGCGUCAUCUUCAUCAAUCAAGGUUGAAGGUCUCUUGGGUAUGGUUAUUAUUCGUCUUGGUGAUGACAACUUUCUUAAGUGGAGCUUUCAGAUUGAAUCUCUACUCCAAGGAUAUGAUCUCUUUGGCCAUUUUGAUGGCUCGCUUGUUCCUCCCCCCAAAUUUGCGAUUCUUGAUGAAAGCGUUACUUCAGAGGUCACGGAUGCUUAUAGGGAUUGGUUGCGUACUGAUAAGUCUCUCUUGAGUUUUCUGAUUGCCACUCUCUUUGAUAAGGCAUUAGAAUAUGUCAUUGGCAGCAAGACCGCUCGCGAGGCAUGGCUUCAACUUUCUGACCGCUAUGCUACUGUAUCACAAUCUCAGAUUAAUCAUCGCAAAACUGAGCUGCAGACUGCUCAGAAAGGUGCCGACUCCAUUGAGCGGUUUCUUCUUCAGCUUAAACACAUUCGUGAUAAGUUGGCUCUCGCUAGGGUGCCAAUUUUAGAUGUUGAUUUUAUGAUCACCGUAUUAAAUGGGUUGUCUUCGGAGUAUGACAUUAUAAAGACAGUUCUCAUUGCUCGUGACUUGUUGAUCUCCCUGAAAGAUUUUCGUGCUCAAUUGCUUGCUGCGGAAUAG